AUCUGCACCAGCACUCUACUCACUUGCAUCGUCCAACAGGACGUUCACGUACUCCCUCAAUACCUAGUUUAUCAACGCUCAAUGCAUUACAGACCCAUAUUCGAAGUUCUCCAAUUCCAACUCGACGUUCUGCACUCCCGUUUGUCCCUCUGCUCCACUUAUUCCUUCAUUUUAGUUAUCAAUAAUCAAACUGUGUCUUUCAACAGGUUCUUUCUUUUCUUCUACUCUACAAACUCCUUCUCGUAGCAUGUACAGUUGCAUCUCAUAUUUUCAAAUCUUCUCUUCCUACAAUUUCAAGCACAUGGUUUUCUGUUUGGCAGCAGCAGAAUCCCGUUCGACCUCGCGCACCAACGACCAUUGACGAUAUUGCACUAUCUCGUAAUCAUCAAAUGGACUCUCCCAAGACUUCUACACAGCAUCUUCGCAACUCAGUGAGAUUUCAGGUCCAGGAUUUGGUAGAUGAAUUUGAGGGUGUGGAUGCAGCAGCGAGACAGGCAUGCAUCAAAGGGAUGCAGUGCAUGCCCAUUUUCCCGGCACUGUACGCGCAUGUGUUUAUGCACCUUAAUGUCUGUGCCCCCAACAAGCCGAACCUGCUGAUUGACCUGGAGAAGAUGAGAAGAGAUUGGGUAUCACGGGACAACAUGUGGUGUCUUAUAAAUUUCAAGGCCAUCAAGGACGCGUUGUCUGGACUAAUGAACCAGGCUCAAGUGGAGUUGCACGUCUGUAACCAAUCUCUUACCGGCCAGUCCAGACUGCACGCACUAGACAUUCAAGACAUUGGGGCAUUGAUUGCCAGUUGUUCAACCGACCCACAUGCUACUUCUCAGCUAAUUACGCUCAAAGACGAUAAGGGACAUCGAACUUUGCCACUGUCCUUACACCUUGCUGUAUCCUCAUUUCUUCGCUUCGACUCUGCCAUCGUCAGGAGUGUAGUUCCCAUUGUGCGAGGAGAGACGAUCAGACUUAGACCAACCAAACAGGUAGUGGGCCCUGCCAUGGAUGUGGCCCUCCACGACUUAUUUAGCAUUGCAUCCAUCUGA